ACGAAACCCUAAAACCAAAAGCCUUCCUUUUCUGCCUCCAAAUCCCAUCCCAUCCCAUCCCUAUAAAAGACGCAUUUUUAAAAUUCUCCCUUCUAUAAAUCCAAUCAACUCCUCCUUUCCCCGCCAAUAUCCAAAUUUUCCUCUUUAUUCUCUUCGAAUCGCUCAUUUAAUCGGCGGAAGUCGCUGUUUCUCUCUUCUGCUCGCAAUCUUAGCUUCCAUCUCGUCUAUAUCCAUUCACCUUCGCUGCGAACCUAGUGAAACGUUAACCGCCAUUUUUGACCUUAAAAAAGAUUGGUAUUGGAUAGUGUUUGUAACAUUAGAGGUAGCUGGGAAGGCAUCGAAGGGAUCGCGGCUUACAGAGAACGCCGAAACUCCCAUUUUUCUCAUCCUUUCGCUCUGCCCCUACCAGAAGCCGUUGAGGAAGGAUUUAGCUUAAAUCCUGCAUAAAACCUGCUUAAAACCGGCUACCAAAACAGCCCCUUAGAGUGAAUAAGGUAGAAUAUGGCGGAGGGGUUGGAGGAGAACCAGCCUGUUGAUCUUUCUAAGCAUCCCUCUGGUAUUGUGCCCACGUUGCAGGAUUGUUGUUUUAACUCCAGGAAUAUUGUUUCAACUGUUAAUCUGGACUGCCAGUUGGAUCUAAAAGCAAUUGCCUUGCAAGCCAGGAAUGCUGAGUACAACCCCAAGCGUUUCGCGGCAGUUAUAAUGAGAAUAAGAGACCCUAAAACCACAGCAUUGAUCUUUGCUUCUGGCAAAAUGGUGUGCACUGGAGCUAAGAGUGAGCUUCAGUCCAAGCUUGCUGCUCGGAAGUAUGCUCGUAUCAUUCAGAAGCUUGGUUUCCCUGCCAAAUUCAAGGAUUUUAAGAUUCAAAAUAUUGUUGGUUCUUGUGAUGUGAAGUUUCCCAUAAGGCUUGAAGGACUGGCUUACUCCCAUGGUGCCUUCUCUAGUUAUGAACCAGAACUGUUUCCUGGUCUGAUCUAUCGAAUGAAGCAGCCAAAAAUUGUGCUUCUCAUAUUCGUUUCAGGCAAGAUUGUUCUUACUGGAGCUAAGGUGAGAGAUGAUACUUAUGCUGCAUUUGAAAAUAUAUAUCCUGUACUGACAGAAUUCAGGAAGAUCCAGCAAUGAUAGCAGAUUGAGAGGGUGGACUGCCAAGCUGUACAUAUAAACAUGAAGAGGAUGAAUAUUGGUUAUUUAUUUAUUUUAUUUUUUUAUUUUAUAAAUCUAGAUAUUAGUUAUAAGUGGAUUUUGAG